AUGAUUCCCUGCAUGAAACCUGGCUGCCAUCGAUGGUUCAGAAACAAGUCGGGCCUAACCCAGCACAUCAACAUAUACCACCCAGUAUUUCUGCCUAUCAACAUCCCUGCACAGAGGAACAAUUCCAGUUCCGACCGGAUGACGACAACUAUAGUGACCCAUCCACAAGCCCUUCGAAUCCAACCCUUCUGGCAGAGUUUGUUGGACAAGGCAACAAGUAUUAUCGGAACUAUCACCCAAACCUCACCAUAUUUACCAAUGUAUUAUUUGACAGGGCAGCCUUGUGAUUCGUCUGGAAACCCCCUCCCAGUUGGACAGUCAUCCCCACAAACUCCUUCUGAAAAGCAACCUAACGAUUGGUCACCAUACUCCAGUCAUCUGGAGUUCGAGCUAGCUGACUUCCUGUUCACCUGCAGCCAGAUGUCUGCAGCCAAUAUUAACAACCAGCCCGUCUUCAAAGAUAGCACUGAAAUGUACAAGAUGAUCGAUUGCACUAUACUUGGUGAUGUACAGUGGGAGAAUUUUUGCAUAUCCUAUACUGGCGAACAACCAACUGAUAAUGUCCCAUCAUGGAUGAACACUGUGUACGAUAUUUGGUUCCGGGACCCUAAAGACAUUAUUUGCAAUAUGCUUUCCCAACCUGAUUUUUCAAGAGACAUGGAUUACCAGCUGUUUUGGGAAUAUGAGAGCGCGACGGACAAGAGACAGUGGGAGGAUUUCAUGUCUGGUGAUUGGGUGUGGACUCAAGCAGACAUAAUUUCUCAUGAUUCAACCAUGCAUGGGUCAACCUUCAUUCCAAUCAUCCUUGGCAGUGACAAGACGACCAUGUCAGUUGCAACCGGUCAAAACGAUUAUUAUCCCCUCUACCUCUCAAUAGGUAACAUGAGCAACAAAGUUUGUCAUGCACAUUGCAAUAGUGUCGCUCUCAUUGCUUUCCUUGCAAUCCCACAUACUGACAAAGAGCAUGCAUCCACUGACAUGUUCCGACAAUUCCGCCACCAACUCUUUCAUUCGUCACUCACAUAUAUCCUUCGAAAUCUCGAGCCUGCGAUGACCAAACCAACUGUUAUGUGGUUUGGUGAUGGACACUAUUGCCACGUAAUUUUUGGACUCAGCCCUUAUAUCACCAAUUAUGAGGAACAAGUCCUUCUGGCAUGUAUUGUAUGUCUUGCGAUGAGGCAGGAACUUGAUACUGAUGCACUUUAUCAGAGUCGCAAACAUGCAGAAGCACUGAUCGAGGAGUUUGAUCUCAAGACCUUACAGGAUGCGUAUGGCAUUGUGGGUGAUACAAUUCUGUUCACCAGCAGUUUUCCCCGUGCCAAUAUAUACCAACUCAUCGCCCCUGAUAUACUACACCAGAUCAUCAAAGGGACGUUCAAGGAUCAUUUGGUCGAGUGGGUUGAAAGCUAUUUGAAGACCGUGCAUGGCACAACAAAGGCGAAUGUGAUCUUAGAUGAUAUUGACCGGAGAAUUGCGGCUGUCGCACCUUUCACAGGGCUCCGUCGCUUUCCCGAGGGCCGUCAUUUCAAACAGUGGACUGGUAACGACUCAAAGGCACUAAUGAAGGUGUAUCUACCUGCCAUUGAGGGGCAUGUACCAACGGAGAUUGUGCAAACAUUUCACGCUUUGUUGGAGUUCACAUACCUGGUCCGUCGCAAUGUCCUCACUGAAGAAACCUUGGUUGCAGUUCAAGAUACCAUCGACCGCUUUCACAAGUACCGGGAAAUAUUUCGCCAAUCAGGUACCAUUCAAACUUUUUCCUUACCACACCAGCAUGCGAUGAAACACUACCCUGAUCUUAUACAUUUAUUUGGGGCGCUGAACGGACUUUGCACAUCAAUCACCGAAUCAAAGCAUAUCGAUGCUGUGAAGGACCCGUACCGGCGGACCAAUUGUAACAAGCCACUGGGCCAAAUGCUCAUUAUCAAUCAGCACUUAGAUAAGUUGGCGGCCUCUCGAAGGGAUUUCAAUGAACGAGGGAUGCUAGAGGGAAACUGCCUCAUGGCAACUAUGCAGCUCCUUUCGACUCAAGAUGGCAGAGAGAAUGGCAGUACAUCACAGGUCCUAGGUUCUGGUCCCCAUAAUGAAGACAAUGGUGAGGCUGUGGACUGCCCAACAUCCAUAGAGCGGGCCAGAACCGUGACAGAUCUUGCAAUCGAGCUUGGUCUAUCAUGUCUCCCUACCAUUCUGGAGGAGUUCCUGCUUCAACAAGCCAACGCUGAAGACUACUGCGAUCUCUGUGACAUCCCACUAUCUGAGCGCCCCAUCUAUGGCAACAAAAUCACCAUCGUUAAUUCUGCAGCUGCACUAUUCUAUGUGCCAAGUGAUAUCAGUGGUAUUGGUGGCAUGCGGCAUGAGUAUAUCCGCUCGUGUCAUUCGUGGCAGAACGGGCCACCCCGGUAUGACUGUGCAUUUGUGAAUAUUAAUCCAGGGCUGAAGGGGAUGCAUGGUUUGGAUGUCGUGCGUAUCCUUGGGUUUUUUUCCUUCAUUUCCCAAAGCAAGCGUUACCCAUGUGCAGUAGUGCAGUGGUUUGACCGUGUCGGGGAUGACCCAGAUGUGGAUACGGGGAUGUGGAUCGUACACCCAGCCCUUACUGCAAAUCGUCACCUGGCCACCGCUGUCAUACACGUAGACACCAUAUAUCAUGCAGCACACCUCGUCCCCUUGUACAGCACCCACCCCAUUCCCAGAACCAUAAAGCCGCAUCAUUCUUACGAUGCAUUUACCACCUUCUACGUGAACAGAUUUAUCGAUCAUCAUGCAUUUUCACUUUUAUCAGAUUCGUACUUGUAG